AUGAGAAGCUGGAGCGGACAGGAGCGAGAAGCUCAAGGGGCUUCUUGGGAGUGGUCCUGGAGCAGCUGGUCUGGGAAUGACUGGGGCCAGGACCCUUGGUCGUCUUAUCUUGAUGUCCACCGACCGAACUGGCGCCACUUCGAGGCGCCCCGUGCGGCUCCUCGGGGCUAUUCCAAUUGGUCGGAAAGGUCCGAAAGAUCGGAAGAAAGUGUGAGCAGCAAUGGACCGGAAGAUGACGAAGUUCCAUUUCCUCGUCUGCUCUCCCGACGCGAGAACAGCCCGGAGCCGAAGCCAAAAACGAUGGUUUGGACGAGAGCCCAACGAGGCGGCCUGGCGAGUGGAACGAUUCGGCAGGAGGAACGCCGACCUCUUCAAGUCGAUCCGCCGCAAGACCGCCGUCCUGCGCAAGAUGAUGGUGAUAACACGCGUCUUCGGGAACUUGCAGGUGGGUGCCAAGGGCAAGUCAUGCCGACCGUGACCGCGAUCCCCUCGGAAGGCGGCGAAGGCAAGAAUGAGCGCAAGGCCUCCGAAGGCCAAGGAGGGGGAAGCUACUUGAAGCUUCAUAGCUCGUUCCCUCCCGAGUUUCGUGCCAGGCCGGGAGAAAGUUGGAAAGACUACUGGCGAGCAGUGGAGUUUUGGUUGGCGUCGGAAGGAACGAACCUUCCCCCGGCCGUGAGGAGCUCCCGGUUGAUGCAGCAGCAGAAGGAGCGGGCCGCCAAGAUCGUGGCCCACUUGACGGUGGAGGAUGUGGCGUGCGAAGACGGGGUGAUGAUUAUCAAGCGGGAGAUGGAGAAGUCUCCUAUCAUCCGCCUCCUGGAGCACAAGGAAGUGGACCGUCGCCGGCAGAAGUUCAUGAAGCUGGCGAGGCACCCUGGUGAAUCUUUGGAAAGCUUCAUCAACCGAGCCUCGAUCUACAGGCACGAGAACGACCAAAGCCAGAGCUACAAAGUGGGAUCGAAGUUUUAUCUUGGGCACCUGCUGGAUGCGGCGAAGCUGACGAGGAAAGACGAGGCCUUGAUCAAGACCGCGGCCGGUGGCCUCAAUGACGAGGGCAAAGUGGUGAAUGCAAUGUUGGAGCUGGCAGACCAGCUCGAAGGAGCCCCUGGGGUAAGCAUCGGCCGAGGAGAACCCGACCUUCCCGAUGAUGAUGAGUUCCUGGUGCAGAAGAAUCGACGUGGAGGUGACCGCGAAGAGCGACACGCACCACGGAGCUUUAGACCGUUCAAGCGCCUCGCAAGCAGGGAUAAGAAGUCGGGCAAGUACAAGAAGUGGCGUCAGGUUUUUCAUGCCAUCCUCGAGGACGAUACGGACGACUCUGAGGAAGCUCGGAGUUCCCCCUCAGAGGCUGAUGACGAUGACAAGGGCCACAAUGAUGAAGAGGAUGAGUCAUCGUCGUCGAAGAGCGAGGUGGACCCCGAGGGCAGCACUCCUGCAGAGAUCUUCGCCCAGGAGUAUAAGGCCAAACGACGAGUCAAUGAGUUGAAGCAAAUGAGGCAGUUCUUCCAGAAGGGGAGCAACCAAGACAAGACUCGUGCCUGGGUGAAGGAGCAGCAGAAGAAGGAGCCAUGUUUUUUAUGCAAUAAGCUUGGACAUUGGUCUCAAGAAUGUCCUCUUCGCAAGCGCGGGAACGGCCGUGCUUCGCAUUCGGUCAAUGUGACCGCGGGCCCCUACUCCGAGGACCCGGGACAAUGGAGCCUGCUUGAAGCCAUGGCGGGAUACAUGUCAGGGGAGCCGUCCGCAGGGUCUUCAGCUAUGCAUGGUUGUUUUGCCACGAACCUUGUUGACUCUACGCUCAAAGAUCAUGAAGUUGUUUGGUCCAUGAGAGAGUUGCACAGCAGUUUGAUUCUGGACUUGGGAUGCAUGAAGUCGGUUGCCGGUACUAAGUGGGUGAACCAGCAUAUACAGCGCUUGAAGAGUGAGGGGAGAUGGAUGAAGGCUGUCAAGGCGACGGUGUUGGGAGUGCAGGUGAUCUUGAGGUUGAGUGUCGUCAAAAACUACGGCCUGUUUCAGACGUUUGGUGGUCACUACGCGUUGUCCAUCGCUGAGUUCACCGACAGCAUGCCUCCGGUCCAUGACCCUCCAGUUCCUUUGCAGCUUGAAGCAAUAAAGGGCUUGAAUGUCUUAUUGGUCCUGGACAGAGAGAUUCCUUCAGCGAUGGUGUUGACCUCGAAGGACCGCGCUCCACGCCCGGCCGAGGCGAGCCGAGUGUCCCGCCACGCCAUGAACUCGGGGGACACGGACGACGACCAGUUCUCCCAGGCGCUGAGCGGAGGAUGGGACAAGGUGGAGACUCCGACUCCGACCGAAUCGCCUCGCCUGCGACGCCCGAGAUCUGCUAUGAGGAAGCCAAAGUUUCGGGACCGAGUGGCCCGAUCGAAGUCGGGCGACAAGGCGAGGUCGAAAUCGGCAGAGAGCAAUCGAGUUCGCACCAAGGCCGACAGGGGCAUCAACCGCAAAACGAUGAAGCCCAGCGGUGCCAGGAUGUCGUCAUCCCCUGCACCCAAGACUCCGAGCUCCAUCGACGGGAAGGACAAGCGGACCAAGGCGAUGCUCGAGGCGCAGGCGGAAGAGCUCGAAGGCCUCCUCCGGGGCUACAUGCAUCCGAAGUCCAUUGCGACCCCGGGCUCCAAGGCGACAAAAGCAUAUUGGGUGCAGAGAGUGGCGGAUCUACACGAGGAGUGGAUGAACUGCAGCUGCAACCGGGACUACCACAUGGAGGCUGCGGACAAGCAGAGUGGCAGUGGCGAGGAAGACUCCGAGGAGAGCCUGCAGAUCAUGGACGAGGUGGAAGUGGUGGAGGAGAAGCCGAGGAAGAAGAAGGAGUCUCCGAGCCGUGCGACAUCUUCUACGACGCGCUCAGCCAAGCCGGGUCCGACAAGCAAGGGAAAGACGCCGAUGAAGUUACACGCCUUGACGGAUCACGAGGCGCCCUUCCCUUCCCUUCCCUUCCCUUCCCUGUCGAACAAGUUCUCGGACGACCUGGUGAUAAACUUGAUGCUGUCCCUCCAGGGCCAGCUCUUCGCCUUCAAGUGGAAGAUGUUCGUGUGGAUGGUGCGGAUUCGCGAGGCUGUGAGGCGAGAGUUCGGCUCGGCAGCCAAAUGGAAAAGGAAUCCCCGCUGGAUGAUGCUUCUGCUUGGGCGACAGCUGGGAGCGAUGUGGGGGCACCUUGGAGCUGCAACGAUCCGAGACGGGCGCAAACCGUCGCGAGGCUUGGAGCAGAAGCUGAAGUGUGGCGUAUCCCGAGGUGCUCGCAAUGUUGGCCUCCUCACCUUGGUGGCCGCCUGCAACGUGGAGUGGGUGGUCAUGGAGAUCUUCCCUACAAGCGCACCGUUGCAUCGUGUAGAAGGGCCUGGGCAAUGGAAAGGCCUGGGUCCUCUGUGGGACAAACCUGGGCCUCCGAAUGCCAAGCAGUGCGCUCACAUCCUGGAGCAGGUUCGCCGAGCCAAGCCGGACGUCGUGAUGAUUGGACCUCCUGCGGGGCCGUGGUCCCCCUGGUGGCAAGGCUCGGCCAAGGAAACAAUGCAACAGAAGGUGAAGUACUGGCCGAUGUGGAGGUUGAUUUGGGAUGUUUGGCAACACCAGAGCGAGCACCACCGACUCGUUCUUCUACAAAUGCCGGGGAAGAUGAAGCCUCCGGACCCCGAUGAAAUGCGGAGGCUCCAUUUUGAGUACUAUCGAGACGGCAAACAUGGGCACGAUCCGGGAUUAUAUGCACAAGAUGGUGCUCGAGACGGUGCCAACAUCGUCCGGGAGAACAUCAAGAAAUUGAAGGAAAAACUAAGGACGCCGAUGGCAGCGAGAUCAGCAGGCUCCGACGGCUACGAUUGCAUGAGUCAAGAAUGUAGCAGUGAUGUUGCCUGGGAAGCCGUGCCAGUGGAAGUGGAACAGUCUCCUGAAGGGCUUUUGCGACACAGGCUGGGCGAGGCAACUGGUAGUCAGUUCGACUACAUCUAUUUUGAAGGAGCCAGUGGCUCCCUUUCACGUGACCUUCGCAGCACCCUGGCCAAGCUCCACGUGGCGCUGGGCCACGUUUCAGCGGAAAAGCUGAAACGCAUGCUGCACUUGCACGGAGCUAAGGACCAUAUCCUGCGGGCCGUGACAGACAUGAGGUGCCAGGUGUGCCAAUCAGUGACGGCCCCAAGACCGUGUCCGCGUGCAGCCUACGACAAGCCACAGAGAUUCAAUGAAAGAGUGGUGACGGAUGUCUUUUUCAUCUGGGAUGCCAACAAGACCAAGUAUGCCGUGGUGCACGCCGUGGAUGCCUUUUCGUUGUAUCAGGUGGCCACCCUCAUGCCCACGGCGAAGUCGGACUUGGUGGCCCACUUCCUGAAGAACUAUUGGGUGGGCAUCUUCGGCCCCCCGGAGGUGCUAAUGUCGGACGCGGGUACUGAGUAUGCGGCCGACACGGAGGCGCUCAUGAGGGCCUACGAUGUGUUCCACGAAAUGGUUCCCCCUUCGGCCAAAUGGCGCAUGGGACUGGCCGAGAGACAUGGAGCUAUUCUGAAGCUCUUGGUUAUGAAGACGAUGUAUGCGGUGACGGCCAAGGGGUACAGCGAAACGAAGGAGUGUGUGGUUGCGGCCACGGCAGCCAGGAAUCGGCAAGCCCGAGUGUCAGGCUUUUCGCCAACACAGAUUGUGCUUGGGAAAGAUGUUGCCAUUCCCUCUUCCCUGCACUUCAAGUGUGUGCUGAACCAGGACCUGUCUUUCGAUGAGGCCCGCCACCGCAAUGAGCAGAUUCGCCAAGCAGCUGCUCAGGCCUUUAUUUGGAUGGAUGGCCAUGAGACUCUGAGGAAAGCCUUGAAUGCCAAGAGCCGCAGCCCCAAGAUGGAGAUGUUGUAUGAGGGGGCUACGGUGUACUUUUAUGAUCCUCCCGAUUCUCGGAAAGGCCUUCCUCGGCGACUCCGAGAUCAGAUCGCCUGGAUGGGACCGGCGGUAGUGGCGGCAAUCGAGAGGAGAGACGGGUCGAUCCGGAGAGUUUGGGUGCGCUAUCGGAACAAGCUGAAGGGCCUCCCUCUGGAGUUCAUUCGGCUGACAGCUCUCGAGGAGGUGGAGGCAUCCAAAAUAUGCCAAGACGCACUAAGGGAGGUGGAGCGAGAGCUGGAGGGAGGAAGGCCCAACAUUGAAGAGAUCGAGCCCGCGCCUGAGAAUGAUGGUGAGCAGCUUGAGCCGAGGGAGAUGAGCGAUGAUGAAGAACCUGAUUCCGCGGAUGAUCCUCCUCCCGAAGGCCUUUAUGAUCGAGUAUCGGCACUGGGUGAUGUCCCUGCCCAGCUUCAUCGAGAUAAGCGUUUUGAUGCUCCUGGAGGAAGUAUGAGCCGGGUGUUCGAGUUCAAGAAGAUGGUGCUUCUAGAGCCUCAAAUUCCAUUCCUUCUCCUUCGUCAGAAGUUCCAACUCGAGUUCAAGAAGGUGGUGCUUCAGCCUCAAAUUCCGUUCCUUCUCCUUCUCAGGUUGGAGUUUCGAUGGAAGUCUCUUUCUCCUGAGUGGCAACAGGCUUUUGUGGACCCGCUGAAGAAGGCCAUCGAUGUAUAUAUCGACAAUGGAGCACUAGAUUCUGUACCGUUGGGGAAACCAAUUGAUCCCCAGAAGAUUCUUCCGUCGCGGUUUGUCCUGACCAACGAGAGCGACUUGGGUGGCCUGGAGCACGCGACCCUGAAGGCCCGUUGGGUUUUGGCAGGCCACUUGGACAAGGAGGCUGGUCAGUACGCAACGGAGGCACCGACGGCUAGCCUAGUGGCUCACAAUGUCGUGUGUUUCGUGAGUACGCAGAUGGGAUGGCCGAUGAAGUAUGCCGAUAUUUCUGCAGCCUUCCUGCAGGGAGAAAAGCUUCAAGCUGAGCGGGUGGUCUAUAUCAAGCUUCCAAAAGGGUAUCCCGAGGCGAUCAGUGAACACCUGUUGGCUCGCCUGGGAGCGCAAAAGGGCGGAAGCAUCCGCUCUGACCUUGUCAGACUUAUGAAGGGCGGGUUCGGCUUGGCAGAGUCUCCCCGCCUCUGGUAUCUUCGUCUACGCAGAGGUUUGUUGGAGAUAGGGCUGAAGGAGUUGAAGCUCUCCCCGGGCACGUUCGUUCUACAUGUCAAAGGAGCUCUACGUGGAAUUCUUUCGAUUCAUGUAGAUGAUCUUCGAAUGGCCUUCCACCCUGAGUUCCAGUAUGUCCUUGACCGUCUGCGAGAGACUUUUAAGUUCGGGGAGUGGCAAUGUGCCACCCAACAGACGGUGAAGUUUUGUGGAAGGUGGGAACGUCAGUGCCAAGAGACCUUCAAGAUAGUGGUCACCAUGGAUGGCUACACCCAUAAGCUGAAGGAGGCCCCGGUGAGAGAUGGAAAAGAUCGCUCCCCGCUCACCGACGUGGAGAAGAAGUGGGUGGCCUCGGUGGGCGGUCAGUUGAACUGGAUGGCCAGACAAGGGCGAGCGGACCUCGCUUAUGGCAUCAGCCGGGUUCAGCAGAUGGCUGGGGCCCGAGAUCCGGAUACCAUCAAGCUCCUCAACCAGCUGGUGAAGAAAGCAAGGGAGCCCUACGAAAUGGUCUUUCAGAAGCUUCCUGGAGGUAUGGAAGGCUUGGUCUUCCUAGCUGUGAGUGAUGCUUCGCAUGGAAGCAUGCCCAAAGGAAGAUCCCAAGGCGGGAUGAUGGUCCUCGUCGCCAACCAGGAGAUCCUCGAGGGCCCAUCGGAGGUCACAUGCCUGCUUUACCACAGCGCUGUGUUGAAGAGGGUGGUCCGCUCUUCGUUGGCAGCAGAGAUUUCGCAGGCAGCCGAGACCCUGGACCAGUGCGAGUAUGUGCGCGCGAUGAUGGCUGAGGUUUGGGACGCAAACUUCACUUUGCAACAAUGGCGUUGGAGUGCAAGCCGGUGGCCAGAAGUAUUGGUUCUGGACUCCAAGACAGGCUAUGACAUCUUGAAUAGCAUCAAUAAUGGAGAAGACAAGCGGCUUGCAAUUGACAUCGCCAUCCUCAAGGAGGCGCUCUAUGAGCCGGACAGCAAUCGCUGGAUAAGGUGGGUGCCAGGUUUGACGAUGCCUGCCGAUGGCCUCACGAAGGAGUAUGGGAAUCCAGUCCGCGACCAGGUGAUGAAAGGCGGCCCCUGGUCACUCAAGGACUCUCCUGAGGCACAGAAGCUUCGAGAGGAGGCAGGGCAUCGCAAACGGCAAUGCAAAGAACGUUUGCGAGAACGCGAGCAAGCUUUUGAGCUCAAACGCCAAAAUGGCAAUGGAGCUGCUAAUGAUGAUCAGCGUCUCCAACGGGGGUAG